AUGUCGCGGCCUCGUGCCAAAGGCAGCUCUGCUUCCAAGCAAAGGCGUGCUCACAAUUUGUGGACGCUGUAUGCUUUUUCCAAAAGACGAUUUUACGAGACCCCGAUGCCAAACGCACAACGAGAGUCGCAGCGACUUGUACCAAGUUUACCUCAGGAGGAAGUAUCUCCUGUCAAAUGUAGAGAGUUGUUGUCAUGUUUCGAUCGACGCGAUGAAACGAAAUGUGUCCGCCGCCAGCCCAUAUACGUUCCAAUUUUCCUUUGA